CCACCGCUAGUUCGUCACCUUCCCCUUAAUUCAUGUAAAACCCAAAUCAACCUUUUCCCAAAAACUCACCCAUCACCAUUUUCACACACUACUGUGUGCGUUACUCCCCUUCCCUCCCUCUCUCAAUACUUCAAUUUCAACCCUCAACAGUUGGUGGUUCACUUCAAUCAAUCUUAGGGCUUUCUUUCUUCUUCAAUGGCCCUCAGAGUUGCAGGUUUUCGCUGGUACGAUGGAUUCUUUCUAUCAAUGCUCGCCUUCAGCAUAAUAAUGGUUGUGUUAAGUUGGCAUCGAUAUCAUGGAUGUAAAUUACCAUUGCACCUGUGGCUUGCGGUUGACUAUGGGGCUGUUUUUGUUUUUAGAAUCUUGAUGUUUGUGGAUAAUUGGAUUGCAUCUGCUGUUCGAUUGGAUUAUGGUCGGCAGCUAAGAGGCAGUCGAUUAAUUGGAAGAUUGGUGGUUAUAUCUAUUUUAUAUGGAGUGUUGUAUCCCUUUCUUUGGGGAUGGAGUUUUAUCGGGGCUAUAUGGUUUGCGGCUGCAAGAAAAUGUUUGCCGGAGAAAAACCAGAAAUGGGGAUUUCUUGUAUGGUUACUAUUUAGCUUUUGUGGGCUCAUCUGCCUCGCGGGUAGUUUUGGAAAAAAGUGGUUAAUUAGAAGGCAAGCUCAUGUACGACGUGCGCCACAGGGGACUCGUGUUUCUGAACAUAUGGUGCUGCUUAAUAUGAUUCGCCAGCCCGAUUGGGUAUAUGAAGUUCAUGCUCACGAAGCGAGAGCGUUUGAGCAAGAGACCAACCCGUAUAAUACGGGAAUGAACCUUAAUGCAGUCCAGAGGGCAGCAGUAGAGACCGCGAUUCAACAGCUUCCGGUUUAUAUCUUAAAAGGGAUCCCGCCUGACUGCAGUGACUGUCCGAUUUGUUUGGAAGAAUUCGUUGUCGGUCAAGGGGUUCGCGGGCUUCCUUGUGCUCAUAAUUUCCAUGUGGCGUGCAUCGAUAAAUGGCUUAUAUUAAACACAAAAUGUCCUCGAUGCCGUUGUAUAGUCUUUCCCUUUCUAAACCUAAAUAACCCGUCAACCAUUUCGGUUGAUCCUGACGGUCCAUCCGUUUCAACAACUCAGCACAUGAGAUCACAACCGUCUAGCUCAAUUUACCUUACGAGAAUGCAAAGUUUUCUCGUUCCAGCUCAAGAAGAAGAAUCAGUGCCAUCUGAUUCCAGCCCGAACCAGAGCCCGAUCCAGACCUCUAGCAACAGUUCGGAUGAUGCUGCUGUGGAAAUUGUAGAAGAUAAAGGUGAACCAUCUGGGCCUAUACAGUGAGUGUUUUGGGCCAGAAACUGUAAAUCAUAUAGUUUUUGGUUCAUUUUUACAGUUUUUAUGAGUUUAGGACUCAAGAAAGUAUAUACUUAUUUGGCAUGAGUAGAUGCUUGUUUUGGUUACCCUAAUUAAUGUAAUGGUUCCAAAAGCAUGAUCAUACUAUAAAACUAGUAAUGCCAUGUGACUUUUAUCA